AUGCUCACAAAAUUUUUCACUAGACUAACGGCAAAAUCUAUCCAAUAUGACCAGCACCAGAAUGAGUUGGUACAACAAUCACGACCCCAACACACUCAGUUACCCCAACCUCCAUUAAAACCUCCUACUUUUCAACAACAACAACAACAACAACAACAACAACAACAACAACAGCAACAGCAACAGCAACAGCAAAGGCUACUACUAGAAAACUUGAAUAAUCAUGAUACCAAUCGCGGUAUAUCAUCGCUACUACCGCUACAAUUCAGAUCAAUUGAUGAUUGCGAGCUUCAGGACCUACUAUUGAUCAGCGAUGUAAAUGGUAACUUACAUGGAUUAGAACGAAGCACAGGCUCGCUUAUCUGGACCUUACCUAUCGAUGAACCUUUGGUUAAGGUGCAAACAAAUAACUCAAACGAAAAUACAACAUCUAGUGAGAAAACACAAUCUAAUAUACUCUGGUUUGUUGAACCCUAUGAAGAUGGCACACUAUUCUAUUUCACGCCAAUGUUUGGGCUCAAUAAACUUCCAACUAGCAUUAAAACCCUCGUCAUGGAGUCUCCGUUCUCCUUGAGUGGCGACGACAAAAUAUACACAGGUACAAGAAGAACAUCCUUGUAUAAUUUGAACAUACAUACAGGUGAAAUCAAAUCGUCUUUUGGUCAAGAAGCAGCAGCAGCAUGUCCUGUUCCCACAAGCGCACUACCGCCUAAUCAGAAUGCUGCUAAUGAAGAUACCAUCAUGAUUGGCAAAACCACAUAUGAGUUGAGUAUUCAUUCAAAAACAAAUAGUAAUAUCGUCUGGAAUGUCACAUACUCCAAGUGGGUUCCCAACAACAUUGAUAAUGAUUUAAUUAUGCAAAAUCAAGAAUCGUUGGACAAGCUUUACUUUACUCCAUUUCACGAUCGUUCGUUAUUGGCUAUCAAUAAAGAUAUGGGCACGCCCAUAUGGAUUAGCAAAUUACCAGCGCUUGCAGUUAAUGUGUUUGAUGUUUUCUACAGCGGCGACAAGACCAAUGAUUACAUCUUGCUACCGCAUCCUCUAAAAGUAUUGAAUGACUUGCAAACAGGCGAGCAGAACAACAACAACAACAACAACGAUAUGGUGUUCCUUAACAAGACAUCAGAUUCAAAUCAGUGGGUUGCCAUGAGUUUCAAAAAUUAUCCGACACUAAUCAAGAGUGCUCCGUUAUCAAAAUACCAAGCUAUUUUAAACAGAUACUACGCUGGAAUCAAUGAUGCCUAUGAUGAUAACAGUAACUAUAUUACAAAUUAUCAGUUGGCAAAAGAGAAACCGGAGAAAGUAGAAGAAUUAAUCAGCGGAAUUCAUAAGGUGAAUGAGUUAUCAAGUGAAACGUCGUAUCAGCCUAUUCGUAGGUUUUCAUCCUUGGGUAUUAAACGUAUUGGCGAUGGUCGAGAGGAGACUCGAGAAUCACUGGAAGACGAGCCUAUGCAAACCAUUCCGAAUAUUGUGAAUGGAAUUAGGUUUCCUGCAAAAGUGUCAACCAUUGGAUCAGAUAUUGUUAUGCUUCAGCCUGCUCAAAAUAAUGACGCUCAACAGUAUGAGCCAAUUGAUUCUUCAAUUGGGAAUUUUGGAUCUGCUGCCAUUGUCAAGCGAAUUUUUGAAGAUCUUGGUGUUUUAUUGGUUGUACUAAUUUUGGUCAUGGUCUUUGGUCGAUCUAAUAAGCAUGUAAAGAAAUUAUUUGGAGAAUUUCGAGUUACAAAGGAUUUGGAAAUCGAUGGUGAUAUGAGUGCCCAAAAUGAAGCAAUGGCGGCAGAAAUGGAAGAGAAGGCAGCCAUAUGUACUGAUGCUUUUGAAAAUAAGGUGCUGGAAGAUAAACUGAAAGACAAACUGGAAGAUGAGCUGGAAGAUGAACGUACAGAUAACCUGGAAGUUAUGAAUACUUUAGGUGAGAAAAUUGUAGAUCUUGAUUUUGAAACCAAAAAGACUCUGGAAGUCAAUGGAAAUCUGGUGGAAAUAAACGGUGAAGAGAAUACUAUUUAUAAAAAGAAGAAAGUUAGAAUCAUUGAACCGGAAAAUUCAGAGGACGGGUCUACUUCUGAGGACAAUGAGGUCAAAGAAGUAGAGUCAAAGGCAGAUGGAGAUAUGAAUGGCGAGACCACCACCACUACCAAUCAAGAAGAACCAGCAACAAAGAAGAAAAGAAAGAGGGGAAGUCGUGGUGGAAAGCGAGGUGGUAGACAUAUUAACAAGAACAAAUCCAAUAAUGACAACAAUUCCAACGGAAAUGUUGAAGAAAACGCCGAAGAAAUCAUAGAGGAGAGUAUCAAGGCAGACAAACCUGCCGAAGAGGAGGACAUAAUAGCUACCAAGAGUCUUAUUAAAAGUACUCCGUUACCUCCAUCAAAAACGAAAAAGAAGCUUCAAAUUGAAAACAACCUCAUUAUAUCGGACAAGAUUUUAGGUUACGGGUCUCAUGGAACUGUAGUGUUUGAAGGCUCGUUUGAGAACAGGCCAGUUGCGGUUAAGCGUAUGUUACUUGAUUUCUAUGAUGUUGCUAAUCAUGAAGUGCGCUUGCUUCAAGAAUCAGAUGACCACCCAAAUGUGAUUAGGUAUUUUUGCUCCCAAAGUUCAGAAUCGGAGAAAUUUUUGUACAUUGCUUUAGAAUUGUGUUUGUGCACUUUAGAAGAUAUCAUUGAGAAACCACAAAAGGUAGUCGAUUUGUGUAUUCCAAGGAAAAACGACAUACUUUAUCAAUUGGCUAGUGGAUUACAUUAUCUACAUUCAUUGAAGAUUGUUCAUCGAGACAUUAAACCUCAAAACAUAUUAGUUUCAAAUGUGAAAAACAAGCAAGCAAAGAAGGAUAAAAGUGUAGAGCAAACUCAAGAGCAAAACAAUGUCCGUUUGUUGAUUUCUGAUUUUGGUUUGUGCAAGAAGCUAGACAAUGAUCAAUCAUCAUUCAGGGCUACAACGCAAUAUGCCGCUUCUGGAACAUCUGGCUGGAGAGCACCAGAGUUACUUUUGCAUCAUGAUUUGACGGAGAUAUCGACUGAUUCCAUAUCAUCAAUUCAUUCCAAUGGAGGAGCCGGUGCACAAGAUUCAUCGUCUUCUUCUUCUUCUGCUACUACGUCUACGGGUUCAGGCAAAAGGUUGACCAAGGCAAUUGAUAUAUUUUCCUUGGGGUGCGUUUUCUUUUACAUAUUAACUGGCGGCCACCACCCAUUUGGAGAUCGGUACAUGCGUGAGGGAAACAUUAUAAAAGGAGAGUACAGCUUGAAAAUGUUAUUGCAAAAAUGUCCUAAUGAUAAAUUUGAGUCUAUUGACUUGAUUUCAAAGCUCAUUGACGCGAACCCUAGGAGAAGGCCCAAUACUACAACUAUAUUGAAACAUCCCUUGUUUUGGUCAAAUCAUAAACGUCUUGAAUUCAUUAUCAAGAUAAGCGAUACGAUAGAUCGAGUUAACCGAAAACUACCCAGUGAACUAUUAACCAAUUUGGAAUCUCAUGCUUCCAAAGUACACCAACUAGAUUGGAGAAAAUCAUUAGACCUGGAAUUGCUUGAAAAUUUGGGCACUUACAGAAUGUAUCAAACUGAAAAACUAGCAGAUUUGAUUCGAGCAAUUAGGAAUAAAUCACGUCAUUAUGAUGAACUACCAAAGACGUUACAAGCUAAAAUAGGACCUUUCCCUGAUGGAUUUUACAAGUAUUUCAAUGACAAAUUCCCAAACUUGUUGAUGGAGUUGUAUUAUUUUGUCGAACAAAAUUUGAAAGACGAGUAUGAGAUAAAGCUCUUUUACUUUUAA